CCUCUCCUCCUCCUUCUUCCUCAUUUCUCAUCUUCUCACAGCUCCUCUCUCUGCAGUCUCAAUUCCCCCUCUCUGCGAAUUCCUCUCCUCCUCAGCUCCAAUCCCGCCGGUAAUGCAUCUCUACAACGCUUGGCUGCCCCCGCCGGUGGCCGAGGAGACCAAGCGGGAGGCCGAGUCGUUCUCCCAGGUCGUCCGCACCGUCAAGGAGCUCUACCGCCCGGACGAUCCCGAUUCCGUCUACGCCACCCUCCGAUGGAUUUCCGUGCUCGAGCUCUUCAUAAAGGCAAAAAGUGAAGUUAGUCUGGAAGAUGUUGCCACUCUUGUGGAUAUGGGGUUGGAGUUGUUUCAUAAGUUACAGAAUAAGCUUUAUGCCCAGGUAAGAUGGGGAAAUCUUUUAGUCAGGGUUCUCAAUGAGUAUCGGAAGAAGUUAUCUUUGAAAGUCAUGUGGCGCCCCCUGUAUGAAACUUUGGUUAAUACCCAUUUUACAAGAAGCACUGGUCCUGAGGGCUGGAGAUUAAGACAAAGGCAUUUUGAGACAGUAACCUCCCUUGUUCGAUCUUGCCGGAGAUUCUUCCUGCCUGGUUCUGCCUUUGAGAUAUGGUCCGAAUUUGAAUGUUUGCUUGAAAAUCCUUGGCACAAUGCUUCCUUCGAAGGUUCUGGCUUUAUUAGGCUGUUUCUUCCCACAAACUUGGAUAAUCGAUACUUCUUCUCAAAGGAGUGGAUUGAGAAGUGCAUAGCUGUUUGGGAUGCCAUACCCAAUUGUCAAUUCUGGAACAGUCAGUGGGCAGCAGUCAUAGCUCGUGUCAUAAAAAACUACAGCUUUAUUGACUGGGAGCCAUUUUUACCUGUGCUUUUUGCUAAAUUCUUGAAUAUGUUUGAGGUCCCUGUGGCCAAUGGAAGUGGAUCAUAUCCUUUUUCGGUCGAUGUUCCUCGAAAUACAAGGUUUCUAUUUCCAAAUAAGUCAUCAACCCCAGCAAAGGCCAUUGCGAAAGCCAUUGUGUAUCUACUCAGGCCAGGUAGCACAGCCCAGGAGCAUCUUGAAAAAUUGAUCAACCUCUUAGAACAAUAUUACCAUCCAUCUAAUGGGGGUCGCUGGACUUAUUCUUUGGAGCGCUUUUUGUUCUACUUGGUGGGUACAUUCCAGAAACGCCUGCAACGUCAGCAACGGCAUAUGGAUGAGAAUGGUGCAGCUAGACCGGCCUUAGGAAAGCUGGAAAGGUCUUCUUUUGUCAAUGUGGUGCUGAAAUUGGUUGACCGUGGUCAAUAUAGCAAGAAUGAGCACCUCUCUGAGACAGUUGCUGCGGCAACAUCUAUUCUGUCUUAUGUUGAACCUUCUGCAGUUCUUCCCUUUUUAGCUUCUCGGUUUCAUAUGGCACUGGAGACGAUGACCGCUACCCACCAACUGAAAUCUGCUGUAAUGUCGGUUGCAUUUGCUGGGCGGGCGUUGUUUUUCACAUCCCUAUCAACUUCUCAUAAACUGGAUGAUCCUAGCACUGCAGACUCCUUUAUUAACCUCUUGGUGAUAUCCUUGUCCAAUGCAUUACUUGGUAUGGAUGCCAAUGACCCUCCCAAGACUUUGGCAACCAUGCAGUUGAUUGGAUCCAUAUUUUCCAAUAUGGCUACCCUGGAAGAUUACACAGAUGAUUCGUCAUUUAUGUCGAUGAUCAGCCUUUCUGAGUGGUUAGAUGAGUUCUUGAUUCGUCUGUUCACAUUACUUCUUCACUUGGAGCCCAACAGCGUCCUAAAUGAAGGCCUGCAUUCUUCAGCAACAUCUGGAACUUUUCUAGUUGAAGAUGGCCCUUAUUACUAUUGCAUGCUUGAAAUUUUGCUGGGGAGACUAUCUAAACCACUAUUUAACCAGGCUUUGAAGAAAAUUUCCAAGUUUGUGAAAACAAACAUCCUUCCUGGUGCAAUUGCAGAGGUUGGACUGCUUUGCUGUGCAUGUGUCCAUUCAAAUCCAGAAGAGGCAGUUGCUUCCCUUGUGGAACCAAUUUUAUUGUCUGUUCUAUCCUCUUUGAAAGGAACUCCUCCCACAGGAUAUGGAGGAGGUGGAAUUUUUGAUAAUUCAAUAUCAACUAAGGAUAAACCAACUCUAUCUCCAGCUCUUGAAACAGCAAUUGAUUACCAACUAAAGGUGCUAUCCGUUGCAAUAAGUUUUGGAGGACCUGCUCUUCUUAAAUAUAAGAAUCAAUUAAAAGAUGCUGUAGUUUCUGCAUUUGAUUCACCUUCUUGGAAGGUGAAUGGAGCAGGUGAUAAUUUACUGCGGGCACUUCUUGGUAGUCUUGUUCUUUACUACCCAGUUGAUCAAUACAAAUGUAUUUCGCGUCAUCCUGUUGCCGAAGCAUUAGAGAAAUGGAUCAGCACAAAAGAUUAUUCCGAUGAUGAACCAUUGGUGGCCCCAAAAUGGCACAUUCCAAGUGAGGAAGAAAUUCAGUUUGCCAAUGAACUUUUAGACCUUCAUUUCUGCUCUGCCUUGGAUGAUCUUUUGAACAUAUGCCAGAAUAAAGUGCAUUCUGAUCCUGGAAAUGAAAAAGACCACUUGAAAGUCACUCUGUUGCGUAUAGAUUCCUCAUUGCAAGGUGUUUUAUCAUGCUUACCUGAUUUCAGCCCAUCCUGCAAAAAUGGGAUUGUCAAAGACCCAGGCUUUAUGCCUUUCUUGAUUGCUGGAGCAACAGGACCAAAGGUUGGCAGCACUGCGCUGCGGGAAAAAGCUGCUGAGGUCAUGCAUGCAGCAUGCAAGUACCUAUUGGAGAAAAAAUCAGAUGACAGCAUCCUAUUAAUACUUGUCAUACGAAUCAUGGAUGCUCUGGGAAACUAUGGAAGUAUGGAGUAUAAUGAGUGGGCAAACCACAGGCAGGCUUGGAAGUUGGAGUCUGCUGCCAUAGUAGAACCUCCAGUGAAUUAUAUUAUUUCGUCUCACUCUAAAGGAAGAAGAAGGCCAAGGUGGUCGCUUGUUGACAAGGCAUAUAUGCAUACUACUUGGAGAUCAUCACAGUCAUCCUAUCAUCUGUUUCGCGCGAGUGGAAAUUUCUCUCCAUCAGACCAUCUGCUUCUUUUGAUUGAUGAUCUUCUUACUCUUUCAGUGCAUAGCUAUGAAACUGUUCGAGCGAGUGCUGGAAAGUCAUUGUUGAAGAUGAUAAAGAGAUGGCCGAUGACGAUCUCAAAGUGUGUACUCACCCUCACAGCCAACUUGAGCGAUCCCACUGCUCCAGAAUAUGCAGUUUUGGGUUCCUGUACAGUUCUGUCCUCGCAAACGAUUCUGAAACAUUUGACAAUAGAUCCAAAGUCAUUUUCAGCAUAUGUAAUCGGAAUCCUUUCAAGCUCUCAUCAUGAACCACUGAAAGCUCAAAAGGCAAUAAAUGAGCUCUUUGUCAAGUUCAAUAUCCAUUUUGGGGGAGUACCUAAGAACUUUUUCAGGACAGCUGAUAAUAAAUCAGAUGCACCAAAAUUUUCAGAUUUGGUUUCCCAAAUUGGUUCCAUGAGUUUUGAUUCUACAGGCUUGCAUUGGCGGUAUAAUUUGAUGGCAAACCGAGUUUUGUUGCUAUUGGCUAUGGCAUCUAGGCAUGACCCUAAUACCUCUUCCAAGAUUUUGAGUGAAACAGCUGGUCAUUUCUUGAAGAAUCUAAAGAGUCAACUUCCUCAGACAAGAAUACUUGCCAUCUCAGCUUUAAAUAUACUGCUGAAAGAAUCUCCUUAUAGACUUUCAGUUGACGAACAUCGGGGACUCCAUGAAGAGAUGCUAAGUGCUGAUUCAUCUCUUGAAGGAACAUUAACUCAUAUAAUCCAGGAAGAGGGAUUCUUUCAUGAAACUUUCAGUAGCCUGUCCAACGUACAUAUAAUAACCGACAGUGAUGGUGCAUCUUCCAGUGGAAGGCAUGGAAACUCAUCCUUUCAGAGUGUGGCAGACAAAUCAAUCACCCGUUUCUAUUUUGAAUUUUCAUCUUCAUGGCCACGGACUCCUAGUUGGAUAUCUCUAGUAGGAAGUGAUACUUUUUACUCAAACUUUGCACGGAUAUUCAAACGACUAGUACAGGAAUGUGGAAUGCCUGUUUUAUUGGCAAUUAAGAGUAGCCUUCAGGAAUAUGCAAAUGCAAAGGAGAGGUCUAAACAGUGUGUUGCUGCUGAAGCUUUUGCAGGGUUACUGCACUCUGAUGUAGAUGGCCUUCUGGAAGCAUGGGACAAUUGGAUGAUGGUUCAGUUGCAGAACAUGAUCCUAGCACAAUCAGUGGAGUCCAUACCUGAGUGGACAAUGUGUAUACGAUAUGCGGUUACAGGAAAAGGGAAAUUCGGGACAAAGAUUCCACUUCUUAGGACACGAAUUUUGGACUGUCUAGCAAAGGCUUUGCCCGUAAAUGCAUCGACUACUGUGGUUGCUAAGCGGUAUGCUUUCCUUUCAGCUGCCCUUAUAGAAUUGUCCCCCCAGAGGAUGCCAAUUGAUGAGAUACAUCUUCAGAGUAACCUGCUGAAGGAAUUACUUGAUAAUAUGUGCCAUUCAUCUGCCCAAGUAAGGGAAGCCAUUGGAGUGACCCUUUCGGUGUUGUGCUCCAACAUUCGGCUUUAUACAUCAUGUUCUCAGGACCACUCACGUGAUGGAGAAAAGAGUGAUGUGUAUGAACAAAAUUGGGUUGAAUAUCUUUCUAGACAAGCGUCUGAGCUAGUUAUAAGGAUCCAGUCCUCUGCACCUUCAGAUCUUAUGGAGGAUGCUGCAGAAACUAGUCAUCAAAACGGUCACAUAAGUGGCAGUCUGAAAGACGACAUCAAAUGGAUGGAAACGUUAUUCCACUUUAUCAUCUCAUCUUUGAAGUCGGGAAGAUCUUCAUAUUUGCUAGAUGUUCUGGUGGAAUUUCUUUAUCCCGUAAUUUCACUGAAGGAAACAUCGCAUAAAGAUUUGUCUACAUUGGCAAAGGCAGCUUUUGAAUUGCUAAAAUGGAGGGUUUUCUGGCAACCUCAUCUCCAGAAGGUGGUGCACGUGAUCCUUACGUCAGUCAAUGAUUCCAACUGGCGGACUAGAUCUGCUACUCUGACAUAUCUCAGAACAUUCAUGUAUAGGCACAUCUUCAUUCUCCCUGCCACAGAGAAACAGCAAAUAUGGGAGGCUGUUGGUAGGUUACUUGUGGACAGCCAAGUGGAGGUAAGAGAGCAUGCAGCUGCUGUGCUAGCAGGUUUGAUGAAGGGAGGGGAUGAAAACUUAGCGAGCCAAUUCCGAGGCCAUGCUCUUGCAGAGGCCAAUAAUAUCCUAAAGAAGAAAAGAAGAGGCGUGAAAUCUGGUCAGUCGAUAGCUUCCACACACGGUGCUGUACUUGCUUUAACGGCUUCGGUGUUAUCAGUUCCUUAUGAUAUGCCCAGCUGGUUGCCUGAGCACGUCACGUUACUUGCACGCUUCGCUGGCGAACCAUCCCCAAUCAAAUCCACCGUCACAAAGGCAGUUGCCGAGUUCCGGCGGACACAUGCUGACACGUGGAAUGUCCAGAAGGAGUCAUUCACUGAAGAGCAGCUCGAGGUUCUCGCCGAUACGACGUCUUCAUCCUCAUACUUCGCUUGAUCGAGAAUUGCAUACUCCUAGUCAGAAACAUGAUGGUAUAGGAAGAACCAGCAAUCCCGACAACCUCAUUAAAUUUUAUCUCAUUUGUCUGUCGUGUAAUGUAUUUCUUAUAUAUUUUUAUCAUUCUUGAAUAUGGGCGAUCCUGCGCUUUGCUCCGUAUGUCUCCAUUGUUUAGCCUGUCGUUUAUCUACCUAAAUAGGUAAAACUCCGUAUUGCCCGUGCUCAUGUCUAAUGCAAUGCUGACAUUAUUUGUUGCUUUCACUA